AUGAAGAGAAGUCGGUUGCCAAAUAUGAAUAGAUCCAGAAGGAAUCGAGGCAAAGCCAUGGCGAUGAAGAUGAAGAAGGCGGCGGCGGCGGCAGAGAUUGUUAAUACAAGAAAUCAGAAGCGACAGCGCCAUACCUUACCCAACAUCUUCUUGUUGAAAUACUCUCAAAACUGCCGAUAUAGUAGCAUCUAUGUAUAUUCCUUGAGAAAUUGUUCUUCUUGUUGGAGAAAACUAGUCGAUGACUUUAGUAAGUAUAAUAAUGACUUUGUUUUCUCGGAUGGGACGGAGCUGAAUGGAGCCAUUCAUUGGCUUUGUUUGGACAUGGAUUCAUACAAGCCAUCAAAGAUUGCUGUUUUUCGUUUGGAGGAUGAGAAAUUUUGGAUGAUUCCGUUGCCUGCUUCCUUCACCUGUUUUAAUUAUGCAUUCGAACUAGGGGUGUUUGAAGGAUGCCUUUGUAUACUACCAUGUGGUGAUGAUGCAUUCUGGGCUAUGAGGGAAUAUGGGGUGAACCAGUCUUGGGCUAAACUCCACAUUAAACUUCCAUUUUUGGAUACCUUAAAGCCAUUGGCUUCGCUGAGGAAUGAUGAAGAAGCUAUAUGUUUGAUAGACUUCAGUAACUUGGUUUUAUACAACACAAGACGGGGAACAUCUAGGGAUCUUAUCAUAGAUGACAAUAUCGAAUUCUUAUAUGCAACCACCUAUGUAGAUAGUCUCGUAUCACCGGUCGCCAAAGUGUGA